GAAGUAGCGAGAGAUAAAAUGUCAAAACCACUUUCCAAUUGGAACUAUUCCAAUAAAAAUAAAUCAAAAAUAUUUACAAAUAUUUUGAAGGGUUUUACAAAUGUCCGAAGAGUUUCGCACAGUAACAAGAAAAAAAUGGAUCGCGCGCAGAUCAAUGAACCCCCGAUUACGAAAACUGUCUGAACGUGCCAAUGAAAAGGACGAUAAGGAAGUGGACGUGGAGGCCCUUGUGAAACGCCUAGAACAUUUAUGCACACAAAUGGUUUGCAGUGAUUACUUUAUGCAAGCUAUGGAAACAGUGGAUGACAGUUUAAAAGUGCUGGCGGGUAAAGAGAAAUUUUCCCGUAUAGUCUGUUUUGGCAUUGGCCCCUUUUCACGCAAUUUCCAAGCACUACAUCAGCUGGCAUUCAUAAUAUGCGCACAACGACACUACUGCAUCGAGGAGGCUAUAUACUUCGAUCCUGUCUUCCGCGAGUGUGAGAAGCAAAUUCUGAAACAUCUGAACUGUGCUCUGAUGACAGAAAAUUGUGAAGCUAAAUAUGCUGUAGAUGAGCUCACUCUCUUUUACCUGCCUCACUGUCCAAACUGCUUGACAAACAAUUUGUUGUGGAGGAACUGGCGACCGCGCAAUUUAAAACACGUAGUGCUCAUAAAUAACAGUUUCGAGAGUUUAUCACUUAGCAAACCCGAGCGCUUGCUAAGAUUAGACUCUGGUUUUAUUUUAGAAUUGCUGCCCUACGUAAAAGAAUUUCAAUUGGAGGAUGAUUAUGAGACACAUAAUGUUUUUAAUGACUUGUCUGUGCAUGUAUUUCCUGCGAACUCGCUCCCACCGGCUAAUGCCGAAUUUUGGGCGCAAAAAGAUGCACCAACGUAUACCGAUGUUGAAAUGAUUUCUGCAGAGGAAUUCGGCAAACUAAGUAUAUCAUAGUUAAGUAGAAAACUUAAUAAUUAGUUCUAUACGUUUUUUAAGUGUAAAAUCAUUUUAGUUUUAAUACAUGUAUUUCAGACAAAAGGUGUUUAAU